UGGGAAAAUUGCGCACGGUGCGCAGCGGUGCUAAAAGGACUUCAGUCUCCUGCUAUCCUGUAACUGCUUAACGUGCCACCCAUGGCAUAUAAACAUCGUAUGCGUUAUCUAGAGGGUGUGACCAAGUUGAACGACACAAAAUUUUCAUACUUUGCUCAGUCUUCGGAAUGUGAAGUUCCUGCAGGACAUUUGUGUCGACUGCCGUGCAAAGCCACAAAAACCAAAACUUAAAUAAACUAUUUACACUCAAAUUAAAACCAAAACGCCACAAAUUGUCAACAAAAAAAAAAGCUGCGAGAAUGCAAAAAACUCUAAAGUGCAAGUGCAACGUGGGCGUUUAAAUUUUCGCAGUGUGUGUGCAUGGCAAAAAUAAAAGGAAAAGCGACAGAUAAAAUGUGCGACAAUUUGAUGUCAAGAGUUUAGACCAAAACGUUUUACAUAGAGUGAAGAGACUGCCACAACGACGACAACAACUUGACUUGCCACACACACACACACACACACGCUCGCACGCACACUUAAGCACACAUCCUGGGGCACACAUCACUAGACGACGGCAGCAGCAUGGGGGACUAUCAUGAGUUUACGGAUCAGUAUAAAGUGCCGGUCAUAGCAAAGCUGCUGCACGCCUUGCCCCACUACAACAUCACCUUCCACAAGAUCAACAGCACCUUUCGGCCCAACGAUGAAAUCUAUUUGGAGAGUUUGGGCAUCUUGGGCUCGGUGCCGGCAGCGCUGUUGAUUGUCUCGCUGCUGGGUCUGCUGUUCUAUUUGAUGACGCGCUGCUGCGACCGCAAGCCGCGUCCAGCGCACUCCAUAACCAGUUUGAAGGUGGCGCUUUCCAUAGUCACAGUCAUGUGCUGUGCCGCCAUUGGAUUGGGACUGUAUGGCAACGAUGAUUUGCAUAAUGGGCUGCUCGAUGUGCUGACGGCGGGACGCAAGGUGGACAAUCUGGUGACCACAAUUCGAAAUCAGACGCACAUACUCGAGAAUACGCUAACGAAUCGCAUACGGCCGCAGCUGGUGGAGCUGGCGGAUAUCUUUGAUCAGCCGGUGUCCAAUCAGACGGCGUUAUCCAAGCUCUUUGUCUCGCUCAACAUUGUGCAGGGCAAUGUGACAUUGGCCACCAAUGCUGCCAGCGAUAUACGUCGUCCACUGUUAGGCAUCUCCAUGACGCAUUUUCUUACGCGUGGCGAUCAAUGGGAGCUUAUACGCUGGCCGGGCACAGUUGCUACGCUGGCGCUGCUGCUUGUGCUCUGCGCCGUGCUGCUGGUGGGCGUGGCACGUCAUUCACGCUGCGCUCUUAUUUUGUUCAGCGUUUGCGGCCUGUUGGCCGUAACCGGCUCCUGGCUGAUGUCCGGCCUUUAUCUAUCCAGCUCUGUUGCUGUCGGCGAUUUGUGCAUCAGUCCCGCCGACUUUUUGGUCUCGACGGCACCGCGUGAUCUGCCCACCAAUGUGCUGCUGCACUACACCCAAUGCGAGCCGGGACAUACGAAUCCGUUUACCCAGCGCCUGCGCGAGUCGCAGAACUCGCUGAACAAUGCGCGCAGCGCCAUGGCCACGGUGAUGAAGAUCUCGCUGGUGCUGUUCAAGAGCUCCGGACUGCAGCCGAAGCUGGGCGCCGUCAAUGCGGACUUGAACAGCAGCGAGCGGCUGCUUACGCAGCUGACCGCCUUGGUCGAUUGCAAGGCUGUGCAUCAUAAUUUCCUGGCCGCUGCGCGUGGACUCUGCGAGGGUGGACUGCUCGGCUUGGUGCUGAUGCUCAUUGCCAGCUUCAUUGCGGCCAUUUUGCUGACCAUUAUGGUUUGGGUGGACUCGCACACUUGGAUUUAUAUACGCAAGCGCAAUGACUACGCCCAGGUGGAUGAGCCCUCGUAUAUUUCGCAUCCGGCACCGCAGAACCAUCAGCAGAUGAUGAAUGCGGCACGCACGUUGCCGCGCAACCACAACGGGCACUUCAGUCCGCCGGUGAUCAGUGGCAGUCACACGCUCCAGCAUCCGAACAAGCGACAGCAGCACGAGAUGAUGGCCCAUGCUCACAUCCAGCAGAACAUGCGUGCGAUGGGCACCCACACCCUGGGUCGACUGCCCUCGCAUAACCAUAGCCCCACCCACAUGACUGGUCCAAAUAACGCCGCAGCAGUCGCCGCCGCCAAUGCCGUCGCCAACUCCAUGCCCCCCACCACACAGGCCCAGGUGGUCCAGCAGCAGCAGCAGCAGCAACAACUUGGCCCACAGCCCAUCUACUGCCAUCAUCCGCAUCAACAUCCGCACGCCCAUCCUCACACCCAUCCCCAUUCGCACUCGGCUGCCGUCGCCGCCGCCGUUCAGCAUCAGCAUGCCAUCUAUCAUCAACAGCAGGCAGCUCAGGCUCAGGCUCAGGCACAGGCUCAAGCGCAGGCGCAACAAUAUGGCACCUAUAGCACCGCCGCGGCGGCUCAUCAUGCCCAGCAGCAUCAGCACUUGCCGCCGCCGGGCCAGAGCCAGAUCUAUCAGCAGAUACCGGCGCAUCUGGCCGGGCAGCUGGCACCGAAUGGCAAUCCGCAUUCGAUCUAUCAGCCGCUGGUGGCGGUCAGCCAGGGCUCCAUCUAUGUCUCCAAUCUGGCGACAAUGCGCCGGCAGAACAGCCAGGCCGGACCCCAGAUACCUGCCCAUCAUCAUCAGUCGGCGGUGCAGCAACCGUUGCCCAAUCCUCAUGCGCAGCCACAGCCAAAUCCUCAUGCCCAUCAGCUGCAGCAGCAGCAACAUCCGGCGCCGCAGCAGCAGCAGCAGCCGCCUCCACCCUCACAGCAGCAGCAGCUACAUGCGCAUCCACAUCCACAUCCGCAUCCACAUCCGCAUCAACUGAAAUCGCCGCAACAGCAGCAGCAGCAGCAGCCACCGCCGGAGACUGAAGUGGUGCCCAUUAGCACAUCGAUGGAUACGGGCAUCUACGAUCGGGACAAGCAGAUCUACAAGUGCUCCACUUUGCGCCAGGGCGGCAAGUUCGAUCCCAAGUACAAGCCCUCGAUACUGAACUGCCCGCUGCCGGAGAUACCCAAGGAUGCGGAGCAGCCCAAGGUGGAGUCCAUCUAUGAGCAGCGUCAGCAGCACCACAGCAGCAACAGCAACAGUGGCAGCAACAGCGGCAGCAACUCGCAUCAGUCACAGAACUACUCCAAAACUUUACAGCGACCACCCAUGAAGCUGCCACACCCACAAAUGAAGGCCAUACCGCCGCCCCGCAUAGGCACGCCCACAUCGCCGCCACCACCCACGGCACAACCCAUGGCACAAGCAACAGCCGCAGCAGCAACAGAUGCAGUGCUUCAGAAUGGCGGUGGCGGCGGCAACAAUAACGAGGAUGCCACACUGCCACCGCCGCCGCUGCUGGACGGGACGGACCAGGUGCAGGAGGCCAAGUCGCGCGCUCAAACGGCCAACGGCAAAACUGCCAACGGUCUGGCCGGUCUCCACAAUGGCGGUCCGGCGGUCAACUCAGCCGGAAUAGACGACGACGAUGAUCUGCCGCCGCCGCCGCCGGCGAUAACAGACGAGAGCAACUAUGCAGUCACCGAGCUGUAAGAUCCAUGAGUUUAGCGCUAGGAUAUUACUGAUGGACUGCACGAAUAAGAACAACAAGAAGAAGAAGAAGUAGUAGUAGUAGUAAUCGACGAAGAAGAAGAAGAAGAAGACGAUGAAUCAGCAGCAGAGUCUAACGAGUUGGCAUUUACCUUUUUUAGUGUUCCUUUGGUUCCUUAAUGAUGUAUGACAAACUCAAGUCCUUCUAGUGCUUGCAACUCUCCGCUCCCCAUUGAGGAGCUUGAAACUGCCGCUAUAGACACUAUUGGACUUUUGUAUAUAAGUACUUACAUGCUAUGCUAAUAACUAACUAUUAUACAUAAAUAUAUAGUAUACAAGCUAUAUUUGGGCGUGUGUUCCGUAAAAUCUCUCAAAAGACGUUUUCAAGUGAGAUCUGGAAAAGGAUGCAACAGACGUUUGGGUCGUUUGGGAAAUUUGUGUAUGCUUAGUAAAGUAUUUUGUAGGAAUACUUGUAAUCGUAGUUAGCCAAGAGUAGACAAUACAAGACCUACUAACCAUGCAAACAAAUUUCAGCUUAUUUACGGAAUGCAACCCAUUCCCAAUACCCCGAGUUCCCCACUUCUUUUAAGUUUAGCCUUUGUAGAUAAAAGAUAUACACAAGACACAAUUUUGAUAUUAGUCAUUUUUAUGAUCGCUACAAAAGUUUUAUUGUAACAAUUUUA